AUGUAUGUUCAUUACACCGUAGGAGCCAUUUUUAUUGUAUUUAUUUUGUGCGUUCAUUGUGAUAAUGUAGCCAACGACAACGAAAUCAAGGAGAUUUACGUUCCGUCCGCUCCUCUUAACCUGACUGCAAACAAUGUAACUACCGAGGAAGUCCACCUCUCAUGGGCCCCGCCAGUGAACAUGACAGUGCGCACCCUUCCCAACACAGACCAUGACUUAAAAAGUCAAACUUUAAUACCUCACAAUGAUCACAUAAGAAAUAGAAAGCAAGAACUGCAGGGCGACGAGCCAGCCAACGACGUCCUCAGCCAGGACUCACCAUCAGACUCCAUAAACCCAGAACGACAGAAAGAGUUCGAAUACGCAUCCUACAACUGGUAUAAAAACGACAAACAAAAAUACAAUGACGAUUACUCAUCUCAUGUCCUUAUCGAUGACUAUAGGAAUAAAAGAGAUGUAAGAUCACAUAGACAUAGAAAGAGACGACAGGAUAAUGGGACUGAUGAAAAUUUGCACUUUGAGAAGAGUUUGGAAGUUUGGGCUAAGCAUAACAUAGAGCCGAAGGAGGUGGUUAAGAAGGCGUUUGCUAUGAAACAUAAGAAUGCUACGCAAGUGGCUUAUGUCUUGUACUACGAGCAGGGGGAACGUCGGUAUGACGUGAGCAUCGUCAAUGGGACUCAGAAGUCAGCCGAUGUGAAAAGGAAGAAUGUGUUCCCCAGUGAUUUAGGCAUGGAAAAUUAUUCGAGGGCGACCAAGAAUUUAACGUUGUUAAACACUUCCGGGAAGGUGACGAAAGUAGUCGGGUUCCGCUUGAGAAAUCUAAAGCCUUUCACGCCGUACAAGAUCUGGGUGCGAGCAUUCUACAACUUUUCGCUGGAUGGUGUGAAGUCAUCCGAUUUAUUGGACAGAUUAGGCCCAAAGUCGGAACCCCUGUAUGUGCUAACUGACGUCAUCCCGCCGUCCGCUCCUAUCAUACUGAAUUUAACUUGCGACCAGACUAAACGUACACUAUACCUUCAAUGGCGUCAGCCCCUAGAGUACAACAACUCCUUGGACCAGUACGUAGUGACCCUCAGGAAGAUACCUGAACAGCAACCGAGGACCAGACUGACCCUACCGACCAACAAGAAUGAUAUUGAAACUACAAUACCCAUAGAAGUGGAUCUGUGGAACGUGACGCGGUACGAAGUGAAGGUGUACGCAGUUACCCAGUCCGUGGCCAGAGAUAAGUCCUUUAUCAACGGUGUCGAGUCCAACCCAGAGGAGGUGUCAAGCGAGUGGUGCGCGGCGCACUCGGAGGCGAUGUCCCCAAUGGACACGCCGGUGCCGGGUGCCGUCAGCAACGUGGCCCUGUUGGCCAUCUGUCCAUUGCUGGUCUUCGCUAUCGCAGUUGCUGUACUUUACUGGAGGUGUCGAGCUCGUCUCAGCAAGUGUAUCAGCGCUGCUUACAACUAUUUGGAAGAAGGCGGGGAAAGGGCUGCGCGGGCGCCGCUUAACUCAUACAAGAAACCUGUGGUGAACUGCUCCCCCCUGGUAUCCUGCACGUCGGGAGCGGGCGAGGGCCCCGAGGGCCCCGGCGGCGGGGGCCCGGACGUGGGGGCCCGCGCGCGGCCCCCGCGCAUGGCGGGCGCCGCGCAACCCGCUGUAAAGGCGUCCGCCUUCCCCACACAUGUCGCUGCGUUACAUGCUGAUGGGGAUAUUGGAUUCAGCAAAGAGUACGAGAUCGUAGUAGCCAAGUCAGCGGCGUUGGGUCACACCAGCCAUCAUAGUCAUAGACCAGAAAAUAGACUGAAAAAUCGAUACCUGAAUAUUACUGCAUACGACCACUCCCGAGUGUGCGUGUCGCUGGGCGGGCGCUGCGGCGCGGCGGGCUGCGUGGGCGCGGGCGGCGCGGGCGCGGGCGGCGGCCGCUCGGCCUGCGACUACGUCAACGCCAACUUCAUCGACGGCAUGCUGCCGCAGCUGCAGCCGCAUCAUCUCGCCAGGAUUCGCAGAAAACUGGAGCGGAGGAAUAGACCGCAUAGGCAAUCAUCAGUUAAACCAUCGAAGCCUCCUCCAAACCUGGCUGAAGGCAUCGAGUCAGCGUUCCUGAACAUUGAGUUCUCCGGUAUAGUCGAGUCGGACGAACAGAAUUCUGAUUCGGACAGCGAUAGGAGCGAUUCUGACUCCGAAUUGGAUGAUGUCUAUGUUGAUAUUGACGGCGUUCCAACCCGAGUCAAGUUAGAAUGGUUAAUAUGGCGACGUCGGUACAUUGCAACCCAAGGUCCUACGCCAGCAACACUGGACGCUUUUUGGCGCAUGAUCUGGCAACACAGAGUCCAUACUGUUGUUAUGAUCACCAACCUUGUGGAGCGGGGACGGCGUAAGUGCGACAUGUACUGGCCGGCGGGCGGCGCGGGCAGCGCGGCGGAGUUCGGCGGCGUGCGCGUGACGUUGCUGCACGAGGACGUGCGCGCCGCAUACACCGUGCGCCACAUGCGCGUCACGGCCGACUGCGCACCGGGCACGUCACCGACCAGUGGCGACACGUCAGGCUCGGGCAGUGAAGGUCGCAGUAUAGUGCAGUACCACUACACGGUGUGGCCUGACCACGGGACUCCUAGGCAUCCCCUAGCUGUACUACCGUUUGUGAAGGCGGCUGGGAAACAUCCUUCUACUGUUUUGGUUCAUUGCAGUGCGGGUGUAGGACGUACAGGCACAUACAUAGUGCUGGACGCACAACUGAAUCAACUCAAACUGACAGGCACACUCUCGCCGCUGGGUUUCCUAUGCCGAGCACGAACACAGCGCAACCAUCUCGUGCAGACAGAGGAACAAUAUGUCUUCGUGCACGACGCACUCCUAGAACAUGUCCGCUCAGGAGACACAGAAGUAGAGUUCCCUAAAGCCAGACAAUAUCUAUUAAAACUCCUAGAACCGAUCUCUGAUGAAGAACUAGCAGUUUUAGACCUUAAUCCCCCUAAACAUAAGAGCACAAAUGACUUGUCGAACGGCGUUGAAAAUGGCGAGACUUCUAGCAUAAAAUCCAGUCAGAAUGCAAGUGAAAAAGAAGUAUUGGAGAAUGGUAGUCAAGUGUCGAUAAAGACGGAUGAUCUGAACAGUGAACAGAGUAAGUCGGUUAAGGAUUCUGAAGGUACUGAUGAGCCUAAGGAUGGGAUGGUGAAUGGAGAGGAGAACGAGGGAGUCUAUGACCUGGCUCCAAGGUCUACUGACACGUAUAGUAAGAGGAUGCAGGCGUAUAACAAUAUGAGUGAGAUGGAGAAAGAAGAGAUGAGGAGAGCGAAUCGUGCUGAAAACUAUGCGUUGUUGGAACGUAUGAGGUCGUUAGCGAACAGACAUCAUACGUACCAGGGCCCACCGCCCGUUAACUUGUUGGAGAAACAGUUUCUGCUUAUUACAAGAUCAUGCGUGGAAGCGAGUGUGUGUGCGCGUGCGCCGCAUAACGCAGAGAAGAACAGGCCCGGCGGUAUAUUACCGUCGGAUUCAGCCAGAGUCAUGCUUGUACCUAAACCGGGAGUUGAAGGCAGCGAGUACGUGAACGCGUCGUGGGUGUGCGGGCGGCGCCGCGUGCGCGAGUACUGCGUGGCGCAGCACCCCGCGGCGCGCGCGCCCGAGCUGUGGCGGCUGCUGUGGGACCACACGGCGCAGCUCGUGCUGCUGCUGGCCGACACCGACGACCCGGUAACGUACUGCACGACGUACUUUCUACUAAUGCGCGAGUACUGCGUGGCGCAGCACCCCGCGGCGCGCGCGCCCGAGCUGUGGCGGCUGCUGUGGGACCACACGGCGCAGCUCGUGCUGCUGCUGGCCGACACCGACGACCCGGAAUGCGAAAUUUUCUGGCCGACAGAAGAAGAGAAAGAACUAUUCGUUGCCAACUUCAGAGCUAGUUUUGUAUCUAAAGACACUUACGUGGCGCAUCGGAAGGUCGACAGAAAAACGCCCGCAGAAUCUCCUGUGGAACCAGAGACCAAUGGAUACAGGCGACAGGAGAGCAGUGACUGUGCUGAUGAUGAGAGGCUCAUACCAGAGAACAGCUCCCCAGUCACUGAUACAGAACCAGCCUACCGCUUCGACAGAACUGAACUCAGACUCGAAAGACUCAGCACCGGCAACCGAGAUCUUUCAGCCAGAAAAUCAAUAGCAAACGGUGACCUAUUCUCCUCCCUCUCAGAAAAGAAAAACGGCCCCAAAUCCCCCAGAUCCCCGUCAAAAAUGUCCCUCAAAAACUUUAAAUUAAGCUCCCCAACAAAAUUCAAAUUCCCCGAUUGGGGGAAUAGGACAGCGGGAUCUCCUCCAGACACAGCGCCCCCACCACCUCCAAUCGCACCAGCUUUGACGGUCGAAGAAGAAGCUGAAUUGCGACGUCCAUGUUAUUUCUUUGAGAAGGUGGAUAAAGUACCGGACGAUGUGCCGUUGGAUAGAGUCGUAGAAGUUACAAAUGUUAGUGUGCAUUCGUUGCAAGAUGACUAUCAGUUAAGUAUUAAAUUUAUUAAGUGCAGUCGGUGGUUGGAUGGGGAUACUACGGACUAUGUUCAAGGGAGGCCGGACGAGAAUGAGUUCAUCAAGGCUGUGAGGCAGGCGGCCACGGAGGGCGAGAGGGAGACUGCUAUAGAUAGGCUUAUAGAGCCGUAUAAGGACUCGUUUGCACUGGUCGAGUAUGUCGCCGGGUGUCAGAUGGAGUAUAAGAAUGGGCCUGUUGUUGUUGUUGACAAAUACGGCGGCUGGAAAGCGAUGAACUUCUGCACGAUGUCGGCGGCGUGCGGCGGCGCGGGCACGGCGCGCGCGCAGUGGGCGGCGGACAGCGACGCGCGCGCCUCGCUGUACUGCUGGGCCGCGCUGGGGGCGCACGCGCGCACCGCGCCGCACCACGCGCGCGCGCACCACCACGCCGCGCUGCUCGCCGCCUACUGCGCGCUGGCCGCCUACGGCACGCUGCUCACCGACACUAAUGCUAGGUACGCAGACACACCGGACCAAGAAUCCCGGUAA